GAGGGGUGUGGGCUGUAAAAAAAAGGGCAGGGCAAAAGAGGGCGGAUGGGUAACUUCUACUGAUGUGCAUUUAGGCUGGAAAGUUAGUAUCCACGAGUAGUAGAAGGAUUUAGACUUGAGGAGAGGCACUCGCCCUACGCAGAAACUAAGCCACCAUGCUGAUCCUCCUCGCUGCCAUCUUUGCCCUGCACAUCAUCGCCAUUGUUAUCCUCUUGGUGGCAACUAUUGACAAUGCGUGGUGGGUGACUGACGUGAUCAGCACAGAUAUCUGGGGACGCUGGAUCUUAACAAACGGGGUGUGGAACUUAACUGAUCUGCCUGAAGGCUCUCACUAUCCAAAGGACUACCUCCAGGCGGUACAGGCCAGCUCCGUGCUCGCUUGUAUAUUCUCCAUCCUGGGCAUCUUUGUGUUCAUCGCUCAGCUGUUCACUUUAACCAAGGGCAAGAGGUUCACCAUCUCCGGGAUCUUCCAGUUUCUCGCCUGCCUGUGCAUCAUGAUCGCAGCCUCCAUCUACACAGACCGCUUCCACAUCAAUGAGAACUUCGGCUCCUACGGCCACUCCUUCAUCCUGGCCUGGAUCGCCUUUGGGCUGACGUUCAUCUCCUCCAUCACUUACUUUGUGCUACGUAAAAAGACGGCGUGAUCCCAACAACCAGGCUCCACCACUGGAUGUAACCUCAAAGCUGAAUAGGAGUAUUUUAGAACAAAAGUACUGUUUUUGCCUUGACCAUAUUAGACUAAAUUAAGAUUUAUUCAUGUUUUUGACUUAAACACUUUAAACUGUGGUAUUUUAGAUUUGCAUAUGUGUAAAAUGUUUGUAUAGGGGUCAUUUUUUCAUCGUUGAAAUCUACAUGACACAUAAAUUAGUUUAAAAAUACAACUUUCCGGAAGAUCAAAGAUUAGUUUACGUCCAAUAUUGGUUGUUUUUUUUUCUGCAUUCACAUGAGAUGGAGUGUUGUUUGUAAUGAAUAAGUAUCUGUGUGUUUGUACGAUUAUACAGAGCAAAAUCAGUUUAUUUUCAUUCACUUGAGUCAAAAUGUUACAUAACUCAACUUUUACCUGAAUUAAAACAUUCCAGCGUUUAAUUAACAAAGUAGAAUGAGCUAUUUACAUGUCUGUGUUGUUUCAUUAAUGUCAUAUUUCCACUUGCAGCAGAAUCAAAAGUUAAUUGUGUAUGUACAUAAAAAUGUUUCUUGUAAUGCUCUGAUCUGUUCUCUUUAUACAAUAGUUUUUAAGAUAUUAAACAUUAAUACA